AAUCAAAGACCUGGAUGCUGCACCAGAAAACAAAUUAUUUUCAUAAAUUAAUGAAAUCCAGCAACAGAUAAUAACAAAUAACAAAAAAUGGAGAAAAUCCAGCAACAGCAAUGGGGGAGAGUGAUCAAGUCAUGGCUAUCUUACAGGAAUGCCACAAUUAUUGUCUGCUUAUUCAAUGUUAUCACUGCCCUUUUCUUGCUUCAAGGCUUCCUCAAUAUCCCCUCCUCAUCUCAUAAAGCCUUAUACAGGCAUAUAAAAGAAUCUGAAGACAUUCGCCAUUCCAUGGUGCCUCUGGAUCUGAUCAAAAGAGUUCGAGAAAUUGAAAAAGAAGCAUAUGUUGGAACAGAGCCUGUCCCGAAAAGAGAUUCUAAGCAGACAGCUGCAGCUGACCUUAUAUCCAGGCUGAACAAUUUUCAUUCAUAUUCAGAUGCUGGCAAUGUGAAAGCCCUGGAAGAAUGGCGUAAGAGGAAGAUGGAACGAGCCAGACAGCGGUCACUGGUAAAGAAUGGAACAUCCGGGUCCCAACUCUGAACACUUUCUCGGGAUUUUUUAUUUUCCUUUCGAAGAAUCUGUCAUUAACUUGUAUCACCAGUUUGUACUGUGUAUUGUAUAAACUUUCAUUUGAGAUGGAAACAAAGGAUGAAAUAUUAGUAUCCAAGUCCGUGUAGAAAAUUUUGUGUGCAAUCUUGUUUUGGUA